AUGUCUCCACAUUCACAUUCUCCACAUUCACUAUCUCCACCAUGCGCAUCUCUCCACAUUCACAUCUCCACAUGCGCAUCUCCACAUUCACAUCUCCACAUGCGCAUCUCCACAUUCACAUCUCCACAUUCACAUCUCCACAUUCACAUCUCCACAGCCGCUCUCCACAUUCACAUCCUCCCCUACGCAUCUCCACAUUCACAUCUCCACAUGCGCAUCUCCAUAUUCACGAUCUCCACAUUCACAUCUCCACAUUCACAUCUCCACAUUCACAUCUCCACAUUCACAUCUCCACAUGCGCAUCUCCACAUUCACAUCUCCAAUGCACAUCUCCACAUUUUCACAUCUCCACAUUCAACAUCUCCACAAUUCACAUUCCCCACAUGCCGCAUCUCCACAUGCGCAUCUCCACAUUCACAUCUCCACAUGCACAUCUCCACAUUCACAUCUCCCAUUCCACAUCCCACACUCUGGUAUCACAUCUCCCACAUGCACAUCUCCACAUUCCAUCUCCACAUUCGCAUCUCCACAUUUCCACAUCUCCCCAUUCCAUCGCCACACUCCAUAAUCUCACACAUUUUACAUCUCCACGUUCACGUCUCCACAAUGCACAUCUCCACAUUCACCGCGCUGUAUAAUGCAAGCGCUGUUUAG